UUCUCGCGUUCGUAUUCAUGCAUAAGAGAAGAUCCCGGGUUAAACUUGCCCAUAUACGAAGCUGAGGCGUUUUUCCGAGAAGACCUUACCUGAAUUCCGACCAUCUUGUCCGGAAAUGGCCAAUUUUUCCAUGUCAUCGGUGAAACUGUCUGAGAUCCAGCCGGAACGACUCACUUUUUUAUUCUGAUCCGAGUUCCAAGUUUGCCCGUGCCAUUCGCUCUUUUGCAUCAUUUCCAAUGGCUGUUACUAUCCAAGACUUGACUCGAGAUCUCGAAUUUCUUGAACAAGCACUCUACUACUGUGAGAAGAAUGAGAUGUAUAAAAGCGUGGGAAUUUCUGCCAAGCUCAACCGGCCUCUAGGCGAGGAGCAGGCAUUUGCAUCCUUGAGACUGUUGGUCUUGAAGUACCCGUUGUUAUUUUCUCAUGUUGUUGAGAAAGGCCAGCAAAUCAGAUACGAGCCCGUCGAAGAGAUUCGUUUCAAAGACGUAUUCACCGUCAACAGAGAUGUGGACCGGUGUUUCAAAGAAGAAGGGGCCAACACGCGACUCCUCACGGAACAGUCUUCUCUUGAGAAUCAUCACAACAAGCAUGCGUUGUGGAAACUCACCUACUACGAGCGAACAGGCUGGAUCACUUUCAAUAGCGCCCAUUGCUUCACCGAUGGAGGUUCUGUGGUGGCGUACUUGAAAGACUUUGUUGAAGGACUUAACAAUGUCGACAAGCCCGAGACUCGAGACGUCUUAUUCAAUCUCUCCAAGGACUUGCCUAUACUCGAACACAAGAUAUCGCCCGGCUUCUUUGACCGUGUGAACUACCUGCCAAACUUGGCCACGCGGCUUUUGUUCCGUGGGUUGCAACUGGCCAUUUCUGUCUGGCCAGGCAUCAUCCACAGCGUGCUUGAGAAAAAGCGGUUCGAGCUGUUUUUCGUCGACCGUCCACCAGAGCGUUUUCUGCCAGAUACCUUUUUUGAAAGCACAUAUAUCGUUGGUAAGGACUCUGGACUCAACUUCACAACGCCUAGCUUCAUCAACUUCAGUCCGGAGCAAUUGAACAUCAUGAUACAGGCAUGUAGAAAAAACCAGGUCAAGCUCCAGACCUACCUCCUCAUGGUGUACAUCCACACGCUCAACGAGUUGUAUCCAGACUUGUACAUGGGCAAGAACUUGAAGACAAGCGUGGCCGCCAGUUUCAGAAACCGUUUUGACUGUCUCCAGACGCACACAUCUUACCUUGGAAAUGAGGGCCGCUUUGACGAUGGCUUCUACACGUACGCUGCGUCUUUCCUUCUACCUCCUGGCACCAAGUUCACCUGGGGAGCCGUGCGGAAAUACCACGACUAUCUCCACACAACACUCAGCAGUGAGGACUGGGUCAAGCAGUAUUAUCUCGCGCAGGCCAUGCCGGUCGGAGUUUAUAUGGACCCUGUCGUCGGGCAAGAAAAAGACGACCUCUGUCUCUCAGCCACGAACUUGGGUCAUAUCAGCGUGCUCCAAUACGACGAUGGCAGUAAAUUCCAGAUCGAAGACAUUCUAUUUGCGCCCUCGGCUGGAGCCUUGUUGGGCACCCAUCACAUGACCGUAUCUUCCACGACCAAGAACGGGCUCAAUAUAGGCAUUACUGACGGGGAUCCGAACAUCACGGACUGGGCUACGCUCAAGGCAAAGUUCAAGCUGAACUUGAUGGACUUGCUGGAAUGCUAAGUAUAAACCGGCUCAGUAG